UUGGAGUUUGGGCAAAAAUGAGCUUGGAAUGACCGAACCAAUUUUUUGUCACUCCAUUCCAAACUGAAAGAUUCCGAACACUACCUGCGCAGAGCUAUCGGCGCCUCCAUGCCUCCUCCAGAUUCUUGAAAUCCAACCUUGUCGCUGUUGCUCUUCCUUCACAAUAUCGCUGUCGUCGUUGCUCUGUUUGCCGCCGCCGCUCUUCCUUCUCGUCGUACUCCGUUCGAGCUCUUCAGUUCUCGCCUGUGCUUUGCGCGUUCUGCCGUUCGUGGUUGCUGUCUGCUUCUUUACUCUCAGCUCUUGUCGUUGCCGUCGAGUUUCUGGCCUGCUUGUAGGCUUAGUCUUGAAGCCCCUGGCUUGGUCUGUUUUCACCCCAGACGUCAAUCAAAGAGCUCAAACUUGGUUUGGCACUUUAGUUUGGAGUCUGGACACAGUAAGUUUUUGAAAGUCAAAUUCGGGAGUUGUGGAGCAGGCUGCAUCUGGGAAUGGAUGGUGAAGAGUUGACGGAGCAAGAGACCGCGUUGUAUGAUCGUCAGAUUAGGGUAUGGGGUGCUGAUGCUCAAAGGAGACUGAGCAAAGCUCAUGUCCUGGUUUAUGGAAUGAAAGGAACUGUAGCCGAGUUUUGCAAGAAUAUCGUUUUAGCUGGAGUUGGUAGUUUAACCUUAGUUGAUGAUCGAGUGGCGACUGAGGAGGCAGUGUCCUCAAACUUUCUCAUCCCUUCUGACGAGAAUGUUUAUAGAGGGAAAACCCUUGCUGAGCUUUCUUGUGAUUCACUUAAAGAUUUCAAUCCUAUGGUCCGUGUUUCUGUGGAGAAAGGUGAUUUGUCAGGUUUUGGUAUUGAUUUCUUCAACAAGUUUGAUGUUGUAGUAAUAAGUUGUUGCUCACUUGCUGCUAAGAAACUUGCUAAUGACAAAUGCCGGAAGCUAUCAAAGAGAGUAUCUUUUUAUACCGUUGACUGUAGAGAUUCUUGUGGGGAAAUAUUUGUUGAUCUGCAGGACUAUCGAUAUUCGAAGAAAAAAUUGGAGGAAACUAUUGAAUGCCAGUUACAAUACCCGUGUUUUGAGGAUGCAGUAUCAGUACCAUGGAAGGAACUUCCCAGGAAGACAUCAAAGCUGUAUUUUGCAAUGAGAGUUAUAGAAAAGUUUGAAGAGGCUGAAGGACGAAGUCCAGGCGAGGUUUCAAUUGCAGAUCUUUCUGGUGUCCUCCAGCUGAAAAAAGAGCUAUGUACUGCACAGUCUGUCAAUGAAUCUCACGUGCCUGAUAGUCUUCUAGAAAGAUUGGUAGCAAAUACAACAGAAUUUCCUCCUGUUUGUGCCAUAAUUGGAGGAAUCCUUGGACAGGAAGUUAUCAAAGCAAUAUCAGGAAAAGGAGACCCUCUAAAGAACUUUUUCUUCUUCGAUGCCGUGGAUGGGAAGGGAAUUAUAGAGGACAUUUCAAAACCAUCCGAGGCCAAGUAAAAGGAACAACCUUGUGGGAAAUAUGCAGGGUAUUAUUAUACAAUCCAUUGAAAGUAGAGAAGUAUAGUUAAUAUUAGCUGAUCUGUUGGCAAAACUGACCCCUUAAGCCUAUUGUUUUGCUAAUUAUUUCGUACUGCGCGCCUGUAUCUUUAGCUUUUUAUUCAUCUGGCUUUUUUCAUGUAAGCUUUGGGCUUCUUGUUUAUGCUCCAUCACUAAGCACUUGGACUUCUGUGGUAAUCUUCACGCGUUACCUAGAUAUUAAGUGUAAUGUCUGACGAUCAUACAGAUAGUGGAUUUGAAUCUCUUGUGAACAAA